AUGGCCUCGCUGCCCUACCGUCGUCCCUCUCGCCAGAGCUCCCGCCAAGCUUCGAGCGACCCCCGCGAGGAUCUCCAGGUGCAUUUGGACCAUUUCAUCGGCAUUGACGUCGGAACUGGCAGUGCCCGAGCCUGUAUCAUUGAUGCCAAGGGCGACAUCGUGGGCCUGGCCUCUGAGAAUAUCGGGCUCUGGCAGCCGGAGCAUGGUUACUACGAACAAUCCACCUCCGACAUCUGGCGAUGCAUUUGCAUUGCCGUGCAACGGGCCAUCAGCCAGCAUAACAUCAGUCCCGAGACCGUCCGCGGUAUUGGAUUCGAUGCUACUUGCUCGCUAUCAGUCUUUGACAAUGAGACCGAUGAGCCCGUCUCGGUGACCGGGCCAAACUUCGACUCAGACCGCAAUGUGAUCCUGUGGUUGGACCACCGUCCCGUCGAGGAGGCGGCCAAGAUCAACGCGACUAACCAUAAUCUACUCCGCUAUGUCGGCGGGAAGAUGUCCAUCGAGAUGGAAAUCCCCAAAGUACUCUGGUUGAAGAACAACAUGCCCAAGGAGCUCUUCGACAAAUGUAAAUUCUACGACUUGAGCGACGCCCUGACACACAUUGCUACGGGCAAUGAGAAGCGGAGCUUCUGCAGUGUCGUCUGCAAGCAGGGCUACGUUCCUGUCGGUGUGGACGGUAGUGUCAAGGGAUGGCAGGAAGAUUUCUUGAACGAGAUUGGAUUGAGUGAUUUGACGGAGGAUAACUUUAAGCGCAUGGGCGGCGUCAACGGGGUGAACGGUGAUUAUCUGAGUGCCGGAGAACUGGUCGGUACUCUUUGUGAAAAGGCCGCUGCCGAGCUAGGCUUGCCAGCAGGUAUCGCCAUUGGCAGUGGUGUGAUCGACGCAUAUGCCGGCUGGAUUGGCACCGUUGGAGCCAAGGUCAACCUGGGUGCAGGCCAGCUGAGUGAUGAAGUGGCCAAGAACGACAAGGCACAAGCAUUCUCUCGACUAGCGGCGGUAGCUGGAACGUCAACCUGCCACCUCGCAAUGUCGCCAGGCCCAGUAUUUGUGAACGGCGUCUGGGGUCCGUACAAGGACACCAUCCUACCGGGCUUCUGGAUGGCAGAGGGCGGGCAGUCCGCAACGGGCGAACUACUCAAGCACGUAAUCGAAACACACCCAGCAUUCAACCAAGCCCACUCCAUCGCAGAGUCGUACCACACCAACAUCUACGAAUAUCUAAAUGAGCAUCUCAAGGAGAUGGCACAGGACCAACAAGCACCGUGCGUGUCCUAUCUCGGCCGCCACUUUUUCUUCUACGGUGAUCUCUGGGGCAACAGAUCACCCAUUGCAGACCCGAACAUGACAGGUUCCAUCUUCGGGUUAACCAGCGACAAGAGCGUCGACGGACUGGCAACGUACUACUACGGCACACUGGAGUUUAUCGCACUGCAGACGAAGCAAAUCGUGGAAACGAUGAACAAGGCCGGACACAAUAUCACCUCGAUCUUCAUGUCUGGCUCGCAGUGUCAGAAUGAUAUUCUGGUACGGCUUAUUGCCUCGGCGUGCGAUAUGCCCGUCGUCAUUCCGAGAUACAUCCAUGCGGCCGUGUGCCAUGGUGCUGCUAUGCUCGGUGCCAAAGCUGCGAGCUCGGACUCGGAGGGCCGCACGGAGAAUCUCUGGGAUAUUAUGGACCGUAUGAGCAAACCUGGUAAGAAGGUGAUGCCAACGGAUGAUCCCAAGGAGAAGGCACUGCUGGAGGCCAAAUAUAAGGUGUUCCUGGAACAGUGCUUUGGGCAGCAGAAGUACCGCCAGAUGGUCGAUGAGGCCGUUGGCGACUGGGGAUCUGCCUAA